AUGAUUCCCAAGACUAUCCUGGCCGUACUUGCUGCUGGCACUUUAGUGCAGGGUGGCGUUGUAGAAAGGCGAAGAGUGGUCAAUCACGACUCCAUUGCCCCAUUCCCGGAAAGUGUUCCCAAUACCGCAACAGGGAACACCUAUAGGAAGUUCGAACCGUAUCUGCACAUUGCGCACGGCUGUCAAUCCUACCCAGCAGUGGCGAGCAAUGGUGAUGAUACUGGUAGCAGUACGGGUGGUUGCCGUGACCAAAGCAAGGGGCAAACAUACGUGCGUGGCGGCUGGCAUAAUGGCCGUUAUGGCAUCAUGUACGCCUGGUACAUGCCGAAAGAUAUGCCAAACAGUGGUGUAUCGACAGGGUCACACCGUCAUGAUUGGGAAAACGUUGUGGUUUGGGUCGAUAAUCCAGCUGUUGCUAAUCCAACUAUGCUGGGAGGCGCAGCAUCAGGGCAUGGAAAAUAUAAGAAGACAAAGAGUCCGCAAAAGGAAGGUACAAGGCCUAAGGUGGAAUACUUUACCAACUUUCCUACCAACCAUGAGCUACAGUUCACGAAUACCCUUGGACGUGACCUGCCACUUAUUGCGUGGGAGUCACUUCCGGGCGCAGCGAGAAAGGGACUCGAGGAUGCCAACUUUAAGGACGCCACUGUCCCCUUUAAGGACUCGACAUUUCAGGGCAAUCUUGCCAAGGCAGCUCUUUAG